AUGAUGAGAUGCCAAUUCAUAUUAUUAAAAGGAUCAACAUAUAUAAACCCACCAUUUUCAUAUUUUCAUUACAACAUUCUUGGUUCGCUUAACGGAUUAGUGCUUCUAUAUGGAUGCCAAGAUCAUGCUAUUUGUGUUUGUAACCCCGUGACCAGAGAAUAUGUGGAGCUUCCAAAAAUUAAGACAGAUUGUGAUGAUGAUCAGUAUGUUCAUUUGUUUGGUUACCUUCCUUUAACUGACGAGUAUAAAGUUGUUGCUUUACAUUGGAGAAAACUUGAUUUCAUAGAGGUUGCGGUGUGCACUCUUGGCUGUGGCAACCUCUGGAGAAUUGUUGGAAGGUUGGAUUAUGAAAUUUCCAAAUAUGACGGUGAUCGUGGAGUGUUUGCAAAUGGACCGUUGCAUUGGGUGGAAAAGGAAAGAGGAAGGGUAUUGGCCUUUGAUCUGACUGAGGAGAAGUUUCGUGAAUCUCUUUCACCACCUCCUUGGCCACUUCAUCGAGUGAGGCCUCUCCAUGCUUUAGGGGAUAUGAGCGGGAUUUAUAUUAUGUUUGAUCAAAUCCUUGAAUGCACAUGUUUGAACAUAUGGAUACUUGAAAAGAAGGACGACAUGGAAGAGCUGGUGGAACACGAGCCAUUGGGUUGGAUUAGCUUUACUCCUUUUUCUCAACCAUGGUUUAAUAUAUAA